AUGCCACCUCUAAGCGAGACCAUCCGAAAUGGCAUCUCCGACUCGUUGGCGCGCACUCAACUCUGGCUCAACACGCCGAAUGGCCGUGGCGUGCUAAAGUGCACUGUUGCCUACACCAUCGCCAGCCUUGCGACUUUUGUACCGUUUCUAGCGAAUUUUCUGGGCAAACCAGAGGGUAAACAUGUCGUUGCUACUAUUACGGUGUAUUUUCACCCUGCGAGGUCGGUGGGGUCGAUGAUUGAGGCUAUUCUCAUUGCUGUUGUGGCGGUUGCUUACGCGGAGACGGUUUCGCUGCUUUCAAUGGUUACGUCUGUGUUUUUUGGGUCAACCAUGCAUUUGGUGACGCUAUCACAUGUUUUAGUUGUUGUGGUCUUUAUCGGUGGUGGGUUUGGGUUUAUGGGAUGGGUGAAACAAAGAAUGUUGAACCCGCUCGUCAACGUCGGCAGCACCCUUGCCGCUCUCGCGAUAAUCGGAGUCGUAACCAAAGAAAGUCACGUAAUGUCGAACGUAUUCUCUAAUGAGAAGGUACUCCAGGUGUUCAAGAUGCUGGUUAUGGGCAUCACGACUACCACGGCGGUGAACCUACUGCUCUGGCGAACGAGCGCCCGCACGUCACUGCGAGAAACGAUGAAUCGCGUCUCGAUACCGCUGGGAGAUAUGCUAUACAUGAUCACCAACAGUUUCCUCAGCGGGUCUGAAGAGGGGCUUGUAUCGGAUGGGUUCACGGCGGCAUCCACACAUUAUGCAAAGUCGUAUGCUCAGAUGAUGAAGGAUAUGAGAGAAGCCAAGUUUGAGCAUUAUUUUCUUGGACACGAAGAGAUUUACGAGCAUGAGAGGACUGUUGCAAGGUCUAUGGAGACGUUGGCACAGGCGCUGGGUGGUUUGAGGAAUGCGACCAACACUCAGCUUGAACAGCUCAAGCAUCACAAGCCGCUCAGCCCAAAAGUGUCGGGAACGGCUUCACCGAAUACGGCGCGCCAGCUGUUUGAGCAGUUUAACGAAUCGAUCACAAUGUCCAUGACAGGCGUACGCCAGAAUCUCUGCAGAAUUCUUCAUGAGCCUCAGUUCGGACAGCCGCCCAGCUACGAAAUCAACGUUGACGAAGAUCUACGGCGCAACUUGAUGGACUCGUUGAGCACAUUCGAUACCGCGAGAUCAGAUGCCUUGCAAGGUCUCUACGACCGAAUAGAGCAGAUGGCUUCAUCACACGAAUCAACACGCGCUAGUCUCGAAGAAGUCGCUGCUGCUUGUGGCCACUUCACCUUCAGCCUUCAAUCUUUCGGCGAAGACGUUCUUCAGUACCUCGAUGUUCUGGAUGAUCUUGAGUAUGUGAUUAUACGCAAGAGUCGAAGUUGGAGAUGGCUGCUCUGGUGGAAGGCCGGUGCUGAAGAAGAUCGGAAUAAAGCGAUCAGACUGUUUGAGUCUGUGGAGGCUGAUACGUUGAUGCGGACGAGACAGAGGUCUGUUAGUGUACCUGAUGGCUCAGCUGCUGUUCCUGCGCCGGUAGAUUUAAGAACCUGGUAUAAUGCGCCUGAUCUGAACAAGAUACUGGCUUGGUUCUGGAGAAACCUCUCUGCGCUGUUUAAGAAAAUGGCACGAGAUGAUAUUCAGUUCGGUCUCAAAGUUGGGAUAGGAGCCGCCCUAUGGGCGAUGCUAGCCUUCCUCGAGGAGACGAGAGAGCUGUACACCGAGUGGCGCGGCGAAUGGGGUCUUCUGUCCUUCAUAAUCGUGUGCAGUUUCACAGUCGGAGCUGCCAACACUGUCAGCCUUGCUCGUUUCAUCGGCACACUAUUUGGUGCUUUGUUCUCCGUGAUCAACUGGAAGAUAAGCCAUGGGUACGCCUUGGCUCUAAUUCCUCUUGGCUGGCUGACGAGUUUCAUAAACUUUUACCUUGUUAUUCAGCAUGGCAAGGCUUCUUUGGGGAGGAUUAGUCUUCUUGCUUACAAUGUUUCUACAUUGUACGCGUACAGAGUGAAGAGGAAAGCAGAUGGGAAUGAUACGACUGAAGAUGGGCAGUUCAGCCAACCUGACAUCAUGGAGAUUGCAAAGCGUCGCGCUAUCGCUGUUACAGCAGGCAUUAUCUGGGGCCUGGUGGUUUGCCGACUUAUAUGGCCCAUUUCUGCCCGCCGGAAGUUCAAGGAGAGUCUUUCUGUGCUCCAUCUGCAGAUGGGUCUUAUCUGGAAGCGAGGCCCUCUCACAGUACUGUUCCGCAGUGAAGGAUCCCAAAGCUAUCUCAAGUCAGGCGAGCAAGCUGCUUUACAAAGGUAUGCCGCAAACCUGGAUAGCCUGAGGCUUGCUGCAGCUUCAGAGUUCGAGCUACGGGGCCCGUUCCCCAUGGAAGUCUACGGCCGUGUUCUGAAAAGCACUAUGCGUAUCCUCGAUGGCUUCUACAACAUGAGUCUCGUUGCAUGUCGAAAGGGCCAUCUUACAGAAGGUGAGAGGGCAUUGCUCGAAUAUACAGCUCGUGAGCGCGCUAUUUUGUGCGAUCACAUUUGCCAAGCUUUCCAGGUCGUUGCCAGCUCAACGAUGCUGGAGUAUCCGUUCGCCGACGCUACACCAAGCAUUGUAUCAGCACGCGAGAACUUGCUGAGCAAGAUCUUCGAGUUCAGAAAGGAACACCCGAGGAGAUUAAUCAACGAGGGUGGUGAGAGCAGUGAUUCACAUGAACUGCUCGUGGAAGAGAAGGACUAUGCACUCCUUUAUGCGUAUGCUCUUGUCACAGGGCAGGUUGCAGACGAACUGCGGAUGAUUGGAAAGGAGAUAGGGAGUCUGUUUGGUGUUUUGGACGAGGAUACCCGACUUUUACAAUAA